UUAUCUUACAUGAAUCAAUUAUAAUUGAUUCAUGUAAGAUAAACACGAGGUAGAGCAAGAGGUUGUUGCCAGCAGUUUGAUACUCAACGGCCGUCACUCAGUCCACUGGCGGCGACCUCUGCGCUGGUGACUCAACGAAGCCAGACACCGACUCACUCCUCAAGACGUCCCCAGCAGACGCUCCUCUGCCCGCGCUAUAUAGAUCAACAAGGCAGGACAGCGGCACGGGGUCGGAAGCCCCUUCACCCCGCCAAGAUGCUGCCGCCGGACACCUCCUCCACGCUGUUCCCGUGGCGCGUGGUGGUGGCCGCCAUGCAGGUGCACGGCUGCUUCCCCUUCAGGAUGUCCGCCACGAGUGACCUGCCCACAUUUAGUCUCCCGCUAUGCCUGUGGUCACUCUUUCCAUUCCUUGCACAGGUAGCGUGGAUCUGCAUGAGCUUUGAGGAGUAUGUACUCAGAGACUUUUCGCUGGAUGUGGGCACCAUCGCCUACGUGACCGGCUUCAUGCUCUUGUCGGUAAGCGUGUGUCUGACUCCCGUUGUCGUGGGUGUGAAGAGCGCCGGGCUGGCCAGGCUCUUGAACGACCUGUCCAAGGUGACGGGAGUCUCCCCGCCACACUCGUACCGCUGGUACUGCAAACCAAAGACUCAGCUGAUCAUGUUUGGUGUAAUCGGGAAUAUGAUCCUGUCAUUAUACGCCACCGUCCAGCUAGGUUUUACAACUGCAGCACAUGUUGUAUUCAUCUUCAUUGCCGCCAUUCUCUUCUCCAUGGACUUCUUUUUACCCGACGAAGUGUUCUCUAUGGUCUGCGGCCUCCUGGGCCGCCGCCUGGUGACCGCCACGGAGGCCACGGUGGCCACGCUCUCCAUGGUCCUCGCCAGCGACGGAUCCUUCAAGAGUGAGGGCGACCUGGAGGCGGCGAUGGUGAGGCUGCGUGACCUCGACGUCGUCAUCCGGGAGGUACGGAGCGAGAGCACUGCGCCGGGCACUGAACAACACCAACAGUUAGUGUUUCAUCACUGUCAGGACUCGCACAGUCUCCUUAGCCUGCAGGUCCAUGCACACCGCCACGACGUGAAUCCCUUCCCCACAGGUGGAGCUGCAGAGGGAGGCCGCGGCGCGCUGCUUCUUCCCGGUGGUCACCAUGAAGCUGCUGGUGGCCGUCCUGGUGGCCGUCGCCAUCCCCUACGCCCUUCUCAGGGGCAUGUUUAUGGGCGGCAGCACGGUUAUCUUUCUGUGCCUGGCUUACUACAGCAUGGCCAGGCUCUGCCACGUGGGACAGGCCUUCGUCAGGCAGGUCAGCACGGCUGAAGGACUACUGAGAGACCUGGCGGUCAAAAGUCAUAUUCUCAGUUUCAACAUAAAGGUUUGUGUGCAUCUCUGUGUUUUGUGUUGUGUGGUGAAGCAGCCGUGCAGAGAAAAGUACAGGCUGGUCUUGAUAUCAUGCAAAUUAUUCUUAACGCAAGUCUCAUGUAGACAACUUGAUGGAACAGUAUACGUAUUCAAGGGUAAGGCAGCUACUCGUGUGUUCAAGGUGAAAAUGCCCCAAACAUUUUGACAACCCUGGAGCUGUUAAUACGGCAGCGAGGGUGUGCAAGCCUGUUCCUGCCGCCUGUGUGACCCGCCAAGGCUCAGCGUCUGGCUGGCCAGCGUCACGUGCACACACCAGCAGACUACUGCAGGAGACAAAGAAGACUGGAAAAUAGUUAUAAAAAGAGGAAAUUCACAAUUGAGUCACUUGCCUCACUAGUGCAAGGAUCUGUAUGACACCACCAGGCUGUGAUGAGAAUUAGGAGGUCAUCUCUGUCCUAGAAAAAUAAAUUGCUAAGGCAGAGCAGCAGGAAACCCUUCAAUCGCGUCCGUGGUGAGAGUCACAUCAGACACACAAACAGCAACUCUACCGAGCUUUAAGGAAGUGUCUAAGUGUCUCCUCAAAGGGACAAAACAGCAAUGUGUUGACGUUCUUCCACGUGAGUCAUAUCCAAAUUUCUGGCGGGGCUCCCGGCCGCCCCUCCCUGCCCCGCCCCGGGCCAACACAGUGUGCAGCCAGCGGACACACCCACAUUACACAACGUAAACACUUGUUGAUCGCCAUUAUGUAAAC